CUACGACCACAUCAUGGACUAUUGGACAGGGGACAUCGUACUACGGGAUGACUCAAGCCUUAAGGAAAUCACCUUCUCCACGUCGCAUUCUACCACCAUAACCCCAAUCCCCUCCUCGUCCCUCCGCUUCCUCUCAGUCGUUGAAACGUCCCGAAUUCCCCUCUACUUGGCUGCCGGACCUAGUUUCGACGUGUGGACAACAUCUACUGACACAGAAGAAUGGUUCAGCUCCAUACUAGCAGGAGAAGACGCGUUCGACGCGACCGCGUCUGGAGAUGAGGCGUGCGCUUGGUGGACCAGUGCGAGAGCGCAGUCGGCGAUUGGUAUACUAGUCGAAGUCGAAAAAGGCUGGCAACUAGAUGGAUGUGCAAAAAUUACAGAUAUUUUGUUCUAUGGAACGCUCGCCGGCAGUGCCAAUGCUGGUUUGCCAACGCCUCCCGCGUCGUCGCAGGAACAACACUCUGUUCUGUCUGGCGCCCCAGAAUUGAGAGUUCAUGCUCUACCGCUUUCCUCAGACUUGUUGGUCCAUCGGAAAUCAGAUGUUUCGCGACUUUCACCUCCGAUUGACGCCGAGAUGGGCGAGGGAGACGGCCAAUUUCUCUCGCCGCUCCUGCCUCCAUCUCCGGGUCCUGAAAAGAGGAAGAAAGUCAACGAUAUGUUCGACAAGGCCACCGAACGUCGGAGAAAAGCUAGGCAGAAAGGCGGCGAGGCUGUGGCCGCAGCAGCCUCGAAGAUCGAGCUCCCUAGACCCGCCUCUGCUUACAGGAAAUCCCUGUCCAUCGACAGUAAAGCCGCGAUCACCGUGGAAACAUUACGUGGAAACAACACGUCUCAGGUAUCACAGGCCGCUGGACGGCCAUUGUCACGUUCUCCAAGCUUCUCUUCUGACAUUCGGCCUUUGAGUCGAAAGGGUCUGCUCGACGGGCCUAGCAAGCGCUCUACGCUUUCGAGGGUUACAAGCAUAUCAGCUGCUCCCGAAGAGCAAACCACAGAGUCGCGGAACAAAGAGGCUCUUUCGAGAGUCGUGAUGGCUGGGAUGCGAAUGCAUGGGCUUCAGCAGCGGAAGAAAACGAAUAAAUCCCGUCGCAGCUCUGUCGCCCCCUCUGCGGACGGCAAUGACGGUCAUGCAGAUGAAGUUGCCGCAGAGGAGGCAGUCAAGGACGAAGAGUACAAGCUCAUAUAUCAUCAAACCUUCAAAGGAGCGGCACUAGCUCUGCGAAAACACAUGGCAACUCAGCCCUUGCAUUCUCAGCCUGACAGCCUUCGCGAUGUAGUCGAUAGGCUGCUUGCAAUCUUCUGUACGGAUCCACUCGCGGAGCUAGUACCCACAGCUGAACCCGUUGAUCCACUAAGCACUCCUGGAAAUCGUAGAGCGCUCCUGGGUGUUGACAGCGCCAAAAGCCACAAAAGCCCUUUUGAAAGCAUCAAGCACUCAGGAAUCUCGAGUAAUGGCGGAGAAGGUGGCGUUGUCAACUCCCCUAGUGUGCGGAAGGGAAAUAGAGAGGUAGGAUAGACAGGUAGUAAAUCAAUUACUUCAAAUUUCAAAUAUCUCCCAAGUUUUCAAUGUCAAAGUCAAUUCAACGUAAACCAGACUACCCUUUGACCAAUCGGCCACUUGCUAGCUAGGGGACUCUUAUAAUGGCGUUGAGCCAGCAAAAGGAGAGC